CCUCAUACUUUGACUGACCACUAUCGCGCAUCUGCUCCACGAUACUCAUUGACCGGCUACCUACAAAAACAUCUGAUAGUGACAAAGGACAAGCGCCCAACACCGCGAACCGCCGUCACUACACGACUUACACCACCACCAACCUCCUCAACACCGAUCCACAACCUCAACACAAUGUCUGCGAACAACUACUAUCAACAGGGUCAACCCCAGUACCCACCCCAGAGCUAUGGACCUCCCCAGGGCGGCUACCCUCAGCAGGGCUACCCUCCUCAGGGCGGAUAUCCACCUCAGCAGAUGCAAUACCAACAAGGACCUCCUCAGCAAGCGCCGCGCCAGAAGAAGGAUCGCGGAUGCUUGGGCGCAUGGUACGUGAAACAUUCAUCAUUUGCCCUCAACACCAGACCUCUCGCCCCCACUUCUGCGAAAACCGCAAAAGCAAAGAACAACACUGACGUAAUACGUGCGUAACCAGUCUCGCCGCCCUUUGCUGCUGCUUCGUCUGCGAAGAAGGCUGUGAAUGCUGCGCCGACUGCUGCGAGUGCUGUCUCGAUUGCUAGACACCACCUCCCACCAUAUCCAUCUAGCGCUUGACCGGCUCAAUCCCCCGGAUUCCACGGCUCGGCGCUUACACUACACGCGAUGCGGCACGAACCCAAUACCUGAACUGGAAUGCGACUUUUGUACAUCCACACACAAAUUUGCUUUGUUGCUUGCGAGACGAUACGAGAGGAGGAAGACGGGAUACGAGGGCUCCUGAUGUUCGAUGCCCUACUGGAUAGAGCAUCAAGGAAAAUUCGAUAACGAGCAUGUAAACGGCUGGGCCAGGUCUGGCGGAGUCCCUUUUU